GCGCGGCUGUUGGAGCACCAGGCCUUCCUGGAACACCAGGGGAACCCGGAGAACCUGGCCUGAAAGGAGAAAUGGGAACUCAGGGCUUCGAACGGGAAGAAAGGAGCGAGGGGCCUGACUGGGACCGCUGGUGUUGAAGGCGAAGCUGGUUUACUUGGACCCAGAGGCAUGGAGGGAUACGCUGGGCCUGACGGUCCUCCAGGACUAGUUGGGUUACCAGGAUUUCCAGGGAAGACUGGGCGACAGGGCCAGCGUGGCACCGUGGGGCAGGAGGGGUCGACAGGACUACCUGGUCCCAGGGGGGAACUUGGUCUACCUGGGUUGGUCGGAGAGAGGGGGCCUGCUGGAGAGAAGGGGGAGUCUGGCUUGGCAGGAGAGAGGGGGACCCCAGGAAUCAAAGGCAUGGAGGGCUCAUCCGGAGACCAAGGCAGGAUAGGACACCCAGGACUCAAAGGACAACCAGGGGAGCCGGGAGACCUGGGGAUGAUUGGCUUCUCUGGUUUUCCAGGACCUAAGGGACCAAAUGGAGAUUUGGGUUUCAAAGGCAUACCUGGUCCUAAAGGUCCUGUUGGCAUUCUGGGUUUCAGUGGACCUGUUGGACCAGAAGGGAUGAUCGGCCCAAUGGGGAAACCUGGACCGAAGGGUCCAAAGGGAAGCCAUGGGGAAAUGGGACCCCAGGGGCCACAGGGACAUCCAGGGCCCAGAGGCCACCCUGGUGCUCCAGGCCCGACCAGACGAAUCGAGUACAACUCUCUGUUUGAGUCCAAUGGUGCCUUGAGGACAGAGAUCUACCAGAACACGGAGAUGUCCCUCUCGGACCAGAAUGCAGGGAUCUUUAAGACCCUGCACUACCUAAGCAGUGUGAUCGAGAGCAUGAAGAAACCGCUCGGAACCCGGGAGAACCCGGCACGGUUUUGCAAGGACCUGCUGGACUGCCAACAGAAGCUCUCUGACGGACUGUACUGGAUCGACCCUAACCUGGGAUGUCCGUCAGACGCCAUUGAGGUCUUCUGUAACUUCACGGCAGGCGGGCAGACAUGUCUCCACCCAGUAGCCUCUAACAAGCUGUUGUUCGGUGUGCAUAAGGUUCAGAUGAAGUUCCUCCACCUCUUGAGCACAGAGGCCAGUCAGGACAUUACCUUCCACUGUCUGAGUGACCCUCCCUUCAGCCCCACAAACACCUACAGUGCUGACGACCCAGGACAGGAGUAUCAGGCCAGACCACCAAGGUUCAGAGGAUGGAACGGACAGAUGUUUGAGGCAGACAGUCUACUUGAACCUCACAUGCUACUAGACGAAUGCAGGAUCCAAGAUGGCAGCUGGCACCAGUCACGCUUCUUCUUCCAUACUCAGGACAGCUACGAGCUCCCCAUCAUUGAUAUACAGGAGCAACCUUUGUCACAGUCCAACGAUCUUCGCCACCUCGAGGUGGGACCUGUCUGCUUCCUGUGAGGUCAUUAUCCAUCGCUAGCCUGCCUGUCCAAAAUAUAGACUAUAAAAAAAACGAGCAUGGCAUAAGCAGGCCAAAAUGGCUGCUUUCCAAACCAAAGAGAGAUCUCUGUACGCCCAAGCAGAGUUGGUCAGGUCUGCUCCCCCACUUGGGAGACCCUUUAUGGAGUGUUAGCGAGUGACAAACGCCCUGUCCAAUCGAUGGCAGACGUCUGUGGAAGAACUCAGUCCAUAGGAAACUAGGCCAGCUUACAGUAAGAUGGCCUCAGGAGAGCAGUGUAUACCAAUAUUUAUCAAAUAAAUGUGUAAAGUGUGUCUGUUUGMUUUUUGUUUUUCAAAAGGUGCUUGAGUUCGUUGGACAGUUGGUCCCUGAACUCAGGACAGGGCUCAUCCACACAACACCGUCCUAAAACUCAAAUCCUGUGCCUCGCUCCCUACUGCCCACCCCCAUCCWCCUUCUCCCCCAUAUUCACCCUACCAGCCAUCCUCAGAACGGGCCUAGCUAUCCGAAGGAAAGCUCUAGGGGCUUUGUAACAGGAAUACUGUACAACAAAAGCUUCCUAAGAGUGCAAUAGCUUGUGAAUUAAGAGUGAGAGAUUUCAUAUUGCAAUUUCAAUCAAAGGUCACCCGCCAGCUCGGACCGCCAUUUUGUUUAUUUUUAAUGUUUGAAUCUGUUGUCCAACACAGCUGGACGUUUACACCUUGGGUAAGUCCAAAAUGGCACCAUAUUCCCUAUGUAAUGCACUAGGUUUAACCAGGGCACAUAGAGCUCAAAAGUAGUGCACUAUAUCGGGAAUAUGGUUCUAUUUUGGACACUGCCCUUGAAAGACGGUGCUCUACCUCUUGCUUGUAUGCCUUCUAAGUAUAGGUGCUAGUGUCAAGUAAUUGUUUGUCCUUAUGUACCGGUUACAUCAAGAUCUGUAUCUGUUGUAAGAGUACUUAUUUGAAAUUUAUAUGAAACAUUUGUUGAUGAAUUACAUAUUUUUUAGCUUUUACUCUUCAUUUUAUUUGGUAGGUGGUAACGUAACCUAUCAUUGGUGCUGCAACAGACACAAGAGCGUGAGACAUCAGUGAGUUGUGAGACAUUUUUCCUGUGUAUAUUUUGACAUUAUAUGGUUGAUUAUUUAUAUCCUUUGUUUUUGUUCACAUUACUGUACCCCAAUAAAUUAUACUCUCAGAGAUCUAUUUGGUCAACUCCAACUUAGUCCAAAUAACUAUUUAUGUAAAAAAUGGUAUUUGUAUACUAUGUACACACAUUAUGUGACUGUUCAUUGUAUAUGUUCACAUUCACUACAAUGGGGGUUGAUAGCUCAUACUGGCAGCUAGCAUAGGCCAGAGUCAGAACACAUCAGAAAUAGCAAUGAUCUUGUUCUUAAGUUAUGUUACGUUGAAAAAAGUGUAAUUAAAUAAGUAAAUGCUCUCGAGGAAUAAAGUUAAAAUUGUGUAAAUAUGAAAUAUAUUGACAUUAAAUAAAUGAUAUGUUUUAAUCCCAAAAUAGUAAA